CGUGGAGCACAUCAAAGACUGUCGACAUCAUUAGAGUCUAGGAGGGCGACGAACGUAUUCGCCUCAACGACACAAAUGGUACACGUCGGAGGACCAGGAAGUGCAAUCACAAGUAAGGGAGCUUGGACAGAGUGUAGCCGCAUUAAGAGAAAUGUGUGAAGCAGACCGCGCGCAAAAGGAGGCAAAGAUCAAAAAGAAGGCGGAAAAGAAAGAAGCAGAAAGACGAGCGAGGGAGGAAAAAGAGGCGAAGGAGAGGAAAGCCAGGAAGAAAGCUGAGAAGGCCAGAGCGGAGAAGGAAAGGAUCGCAACAAUGCGAAAGGAUAUGGAUAUCCAUGUCAAGAGCACUGUGAAGGCGGCCAUGCAGGCUGCUUGUUCCGAUUUUCGUGAAGUACUUGAGGCAGCUAAAUUACACGAGACGAAGACUGAAAAACAGAGAGUAACGUACGCCUCGGAAGGGGAAGGGUUCUCCGAAUAUAAGUUCGUGAGCAGCGAGACGGAAGAGAUACGUGAGCGAACAAAAGGUUUGAUUAUCCAUGAGAAGCGGAAGCGUGGACCAGAAUCAACUUUUGAGGACAGCCCACUCAUAGAGUUGCCGACAAAACAGACUCCGAGGAAGACGCCCAAGCGGGGUGUACACAAGAUGGAAAAACUUACACCGCGAGUGACACGUUCGACGGCGAAGACGAAGGUGCGACUGUCUCCAGCUACGAAAGAGAAACUUGCUUCAGCAUUGAAGCGGAAGAUACCUGUUGCAUGCGGACUGAUCGGGCGAUACAAGUUUCGAGACGCUAUCAUAAGCCAACUGAAGAUCAUGGAUGCUAUCACGUUGCAAAAUUUGUGCAAUGAUGAAGGUAUACCGUACAAUGGGAAGAUUGACGCCAUAUUUGACCUAGCGGAGCACCGGACCUAUAUUGCAUACGGCACCGAGGAAGAGGAAGGCAACGAGGCUGAGGAAAAGCAAGAGGAAGAAGAGGGCUACGUGUGCUUCCACUUGAGCACGAUAUGCAAUGACCAACCUUUACUGAGGAACGCGAAGAAUGUUCCGAUCCAAGAAGUCAGCAAUCGGAUUGUCAGUCUCCAACAGGAAGUCGAGUUGGGCUUCUGUAAGUGGGCUAAUGGCAGAGGUAAGCCGGUAAGUGUCAAACGAAAAGAGUUAGAACGAUGCUUCGCGCCGAGGAACGGAGAUGGGGCGAAGCUUUUGACGAUGGGGGAAGCCUUACAGUUGAAGAGGGAUUUGGAGGGUUUGGUGUGUACUCAUCUGGAUCGGAAUCCAGGGGAAACACUAGUGCUAUGCCUUAAAGUGUACUUUGACGCGAUGAUGUCCACGUCCGUCAUGAAUCAUGGAUACAUCGUGGUUAAGGACACGGAGGAACAGGUACUACGUGAGAUGAGAGAUGACAUGGACGCCAUGGGACUCAAGAGGAUGGUCAGAUGGGAUGUGAAGGGUCAACUACGUACGGCGUAUGUGCUACCUAAGCAGAAGGACUUCGCACAGCCUGAGGGGGGGGGCCUGGUUCUCCUACUACGGUCUGGUGACGUGGCUUUUCUGCCUGUAGCGAACUUCGAGCGCCCGCUCAAGAAACCGCGUGAUCACCACUCCGCAACCCUAACGUCCAACACCCACACACCACUUGUGAGUCAAGUGAACCUGCGAUCUCCGAUCCGUUCUAAUCGGAUAAAGGAGAUCAGCUUAGCUGCGAAUAAGGAGGUGGUUAGUCCUCACCGCAGCGGUGUGAACAGUCUACAAGUCGAUCCUGCAGAAGGCCGUUUUCUGCUCUCAGGUGCAUCUGAUGGAACGAUUGCAAUCUUCGACAUGCAGACACCGUCUCGGCACGAAGGCCUCACUGCAAAACAUGAGGCAAUCUUGGUGACUGAUAGAAAGAACCCACAAGGUCAUCGGUUCAGUGUCACGAGUGUCUGCUGGUACCCCGUUGAUACGGGGCUCUUCGUCACUGCAUCCUUUGAUAAGCAUGUGAAGGUUUGGGAUUCGAAUGCUAUGUCUGUGGAGAUGGAUUUCAAGAUGAGUGGAAAGGUGUAUAGCAUUGGGAUGUCUGCAAUGACGCAAAGUCAUUGCCUUAUUGCCACAGGGAGCGAGGAGCCACUGGUUCGGCUGUGCGACAUUGCGAGCGGGAGUUUCACACACACUCUGGAGGGGCAUCGUGACUCAGUGUGGGCGGUGCAAUGGUCCGUUUCAAAUGAGUGGGUGCUUCUCAGCGGAGGCUGCGAUGGUCAAAUCCGAUGCUGGGAUAUAAGGCGAGCAGGUUGCUUCAUGCAGCUUGACCAGCAUCGAACGCUGCAAGGGCGCCGCAGUGGCGCGAAGCGUGCAAGAGGUAGCAGCGAUAAACUCCCAUCGAGGUUGGAUGGUGCUUGCCGAGCUGCAGGUUCAGCAAUUGGACCAAGCGUAUACAGCAGUUCAACUGCAGUUGGAGGAGGGGGGAGGUCGGGGGCAUGUGGGAACACUGCUGCAGCUAGAGUUAGCAAUGAGGUUGGAAGACGUUUCCCUUCUCCUGCUCCUCCUCCUCCUCUGCAGCGAAGUCGUCACCCUCCUCCUCUGCAGCAGCAACAAUUGGCAGGCAAUUGGUCGGCAGGCGUGGGUGGUAGGAGCGUUGAAGCAGAGCUACAGAAGCGGAAGAUGAUGGCCAGUCAGAUCAAGAGUGGCCACGUCGGCGGCGGCGGCAAAGAAACGGUGGCCUUGUGUGAGGGAGUUGGUUCUUCUGCUCGUCGGCAUGUUGCCCACGAUGCAGCGAUAACUGGGUUGGCACCCACUGCGGAUGGACUGCAUUUGGUAAGCUCAGGGCUGGACUCCAGGGUUCGGUUAUGGGACUUGGCGACUGGUUGCAAUACAUUGGUUAAUUACGCAGGGACUCGUAGUCAUUCCUCAAUGCCCACACAGAUCGCUGUUUCGCCAGACUCGGCGUUUAUAUACCGUCCGAGUGGGAACGCCAUUCAGGUUUUUGAAAUGUUAACUGGAAAGCAACAUACCGUUCUGCACGGGCACUUCGAUAAAGUUAGUUGCUGCACCUUCCACCCUGCCGAGCAGGAGCUGUACACUGGCAGCGCUGACAGACAGAUUCUAGUGUGGGGACCACCAACCAAGGAGGUUUCUGACGACGAUGACCCCAAAGGAAGAGGUUCAUCAGAGCAGAACGAAGUAACACGAAGAGAGGUGGAGGAUGAGGAUGCAUGGAGUGACUAAGUAGACAGACGUUGUUGCAUUCAGGCUUGGUAAGGGCAUCACAAAACUCCCGUGGGGGCAGGUUCCUGAUGAUGGCCCCAAAGGCAGAUCUCCACCUUCCACCCUGCCGAGCGGGAGCUGUACAGCGGCAGGGCUGACAGACGGAUUCUAGUGUGGGGACCACCAAUCAGCGAGCUUCUUGAUGCUGAUGACCUCAAAGGCAGAGGUUCGUCAGGGCAGAAGAAAGUAACACGAGGAGAGGUGGAGGAUGAGGAUGCGUGGAGUGAUUAACUAGACAGACGUCGCUGCAUUCAGGCCUGGUAAGGGCAUCACAAAACUCCAGUGCGGGCACGGCCAAUCGCAGAGGUUCCUGAUUAUGGCCCCAAAGGAAGGGGGUUUUGUCAGCAGAGAACAAAAAGAUGGGGAGAUG